GUACAAGAUUAUAAUAUUUCAGGUCAUCUACCUUGCCACUCAGCCACAAACAGCUGAUCCGAGGACCAACAAUGUCAUUAUCUCCUAGACGGACAAGUUCAAUGAUAUCAACUUAAACACUAUUACGUAUGCAAAGACGCGCGUGCGCGCAUCUGCUCCUCCAUAUCAAACACCUCACUACUUGAACAAUCACCUCUCUCGCUCACACUCACCACACCAGCCAUAAGACAAAAAGAAACACAUGAACUGGAUCAUGAGCCACCAAAUCAGGGUACGGUGUCACAAACAACAGAAAAGGCGCUUCAUACAAACGACAAUGAUUCUAAAACGGACGAUAAGCGACUGACAAUGAUACGACUUAGGACGUUUUGUCUUCCAUAUCUUGAGGAGGAUUCGUAUCAGAUAGCUUUCCCUUACACUUGGGUCCCCUCCGUGCCAGAAGGUCGCAUGUGCACGCGCGCUCGUACGUUGGAACACAAUGCCUACCGGAACUGCACACUAUGUGCUGAAUUUGAAAUAGCUGUAUAAAAACAGCUGGGUCCUUGUCGAAACUAUCACAAUCAAUCCAACCACCGUUCAGUGUACAACACGAGGAGCACAGCAAAAUGGUGUCCAGUAAAGUAGUGUGCUUGUUGGCCCUGGCCCUAUUCGGGAGCGCAGCUGCCCAGCCUGCCAAGGAUGCCUUCUGGAAGGGCACCCCCAUGGACGGCAUGGUGGAGGAGAUGAGAUCUGGCUGCGCUGAAGGAUCUGACCCCACUGCCUGCAUCAAAUACAAGGUCAUGUCGUUAUUGGACUCCAUUUUCAAGAAGGACACCUUCCAGAUCUCCGACGCUGUUGAGGUGACGAAGAAUGGUGCAGCCAACGAUGUCAGUGCUCGCUCUAAUGGCGAUUUCUUGGACAGCAUUGAGAACUUCAUCCAGUCCCACGAUGUUACCUUCAAGCUGCCAAUCGUCGACACCCAGAUCACUGUGAGCCCCAGGAACCUUGACAAUGAUGAGCUAUCCCUGAACGUUAAGUUCAACAAGGAGGGUGCUCGCGCCGUCGGAGAGGCCCGCAAGGCUAAGCUCAAGAAGAUCAUCGUCCCCAUCCUGGUAUUCAUCCUCCUCAAGGCUAUGACCCUCAUCCCUCUCGCUAUUGGUGUCCUCGGUCUGAAGGCCUGGAACGCUCUGCAGCUGUCCUUCUUCUCCUUCGUGGUUUCCGUCGCACUGGCCAUCUUCCAGCUUUGCAAAAAGAUUGCGGCGGACAACUCGCACCCCCAGAUCGCUGCCCACGGUCCCUGGGACGCCGCGUACGCCGCCACCCGCCGCAGGAGAGACGCUGAGCCCCAAGAAUUGGCCCAGGAACUCGCCUACAACGCUUACCACUAAGAUAUCCGAACGCCACCCCAUCCCAACGACCUGUAUCCGAACCCUAUUUAUUGCGCUGUGAUCGAACAGCUGAUAGAUGGGCACAGAUAACAUAGACCAAAUAAAAUGAUUUCGUCGAGAAAUCGAGACCGUGUAAAUACUAUGUAAUGCAACUUAUUUAUUAAAAUAUUGUGCUUGAGAGCGUGUGAUUGUGAUGUAUGACUGAUGUUAUUUAUUUAUAUUGAUAAUAAAUCAUUGAAGAAUUACA